AAUAAACCUGGCGCAGUGCCACGAGAGAUAAGGCAGGCGCGCACGCGCGAUUCAUCACGGCGAAUUUCCGCGCGACGCGGCUGAGACGCGGACGGAUCCGUGAAGUCAAUCCGUGUCGAAAUUUCGAUCCUACUUUUAACUUUACUAUUCCAUUCAACACCUAUUUUUAAAAGCCAAAACAAAAAGCUGAAACGGAAACGGAAAUCCAGCCGGUCGCUCCCACGCGGAAAAACUCAGACGCGUGAAAGAGAAAGAGCGAAACGGGCUUUCCUCUCGUUCCGGAGAAGACGGGCAGACAGACAGACAGAGAGAAAGAGAGAGAGAGAGAGAGAGAGAGAGAGAGAGAGGGAGGGGGGAAGAGGGAGAGAGAAGGCGCGAAGCCGCCGCAAUGGUUCAAGUACGAUGGUUACGAAUAUUUUCACGGGUGUUAGACCACGAGACGAUUGCGUAAGAGAAGAAUCUGCGGCACCGCGGAGGAGAACAUCCCACCUCCGUCGCUCUGGGAUCUUCUCUUUCUCCGUUCGUCCGAUGUGGGAGCCCCUAGAAAGAGAGACUCUCAAGAGUCCCCCCUUUCUGCCCCGGUCGAUGUCUAAAGCCAUAUAUAUACCACCACCUCGUGGUGCGAUCCUACGAGAAAGAACUUUGGAAGUAGCGUCGUCCUAGAGCCAGAACCGAGGAGCGAAACGAGCCGAGUGUCAGGGCAUCCGUAAGUGCGCGGUGCGCGGCGAGCUAGAGAGACGGCAAACACGAGAGGAUAAAUGAUCACCUAGGCGGCACGAUACUGCGGGCGACUAAGGGCGACUAUAUUUUCCCGGAAAGGUAGGCAGAAGAUGAUUUCGAGAUACCAGAUACUCUGCGCAGUCUUGCUCUUCGCCACGGUAUUGCUCUAUCAAACGAUGGCGCAAGUGGACGGCUACACACCUGGCGUAGACUACCCGAUCUACAACUCGGUGCCGUUCGGCCUCCAGUUUACCUGCGGAGGGAAGCUACCUGGAUACUACGCCGACCCCGAGGCCAGAUGUCAGGUGUGGCAUUGGUGCUUGCCGAAUGGACGCCAGUACAGCUUCCUCUGCCCGAAUGGUACAGUCUUCAGUCAAACAACUCGCGUCUGCGAUUGGUGGUUCAAGGUCGACUGCAACGAUUCGCCAAGACUAUAUGGCAACAACGACGAGCUGUACAGAGACGUGAACGGCAACAAGAUUUAACGACGUCCUGUCUCUCGCUCUCCUAUUUUAUUGCUAUAAUUUCGAAUGUACAUUAAUAAACUCUUUUGUACGUAAUCUCCUUGCAAGCGUGACACGCGCGUCUGUAGCGCCGGGUGCGCUCGCGGAGUCUCGCGAGGUGAAUGUGCGAACCAGCAACGCGGAUUCCUAGUUUGCCGGUGCAGGAGAGUAACAGGGAUCUCUGCCUUAUCGCCUGUCAAAUAAAACAGAG